UGCUCAGUGUAUCUUGGGUCUUGUAAUAACAACGUACAUGCUUCAUUUCAUCUAUUCGUUUUGUAAUUUAUCUUUGCAGUUUGUAUAGAUUUUUAGUUCCAGAUAAUAUUAUUUUUUAUGUGGUAGUAAAAACACUUUGCUUCGUUUGUAUGUUGUGAAGUAUUUUUGUUUUAAACAGCUUACGAUGUCCAACGCACCAGCCAUUGGUAUCGAUCUUGGAACAACCUUUUCCUGUGCAUCGGUUUACAGACGGGGCAGACCUGAACUUAUUCCAAAUGCAGAAGGUGACAGACUUACUCCUUCUAUUGUUUACUUCAACCCUAGAACAGGGGUGCCCUCUGUAGGUCAAAUAGCUGAUGAGUUGCUAACGCAAUGUCCGAAGAACGGCCUUUUAGAUGCCAAACGUAUAAUUGGGAGAAAAUACGAUGACGAAUUCAUUUCAAGGUACACUAAUUCCAACGAGAUACACUUUUCGCUGGUUCGAGGAAACGACGACCAAGCUGCCUUCGAAAUAGAAGUUUCCGGUGAAACAGUCAUCAAGAAGCCCGAAGAGGUGAGCGCGGAAGUUCUAAAAUAUCUGCGGCGCACAGCCUGCGAGUAUCUGGGAGAAGACAUCACUAAAGCAGUUAUUUCAGUCCCUGCCUAUUUCAGCAACGCACAAAGAAAAGCUACGAAGGCGGCUGCGGAACUGGCAGGACUUACUGUCCUGAAACUGAUAACAGAGCCAACAGCUGCUGCUGUCCACUAUGUUUCCGAUAAAUUGAGAACCAAUUCAAACGUACUAGUUUUUGAUUUUGGUGGGGGGACUCUAGAUGUCUCGCUGAUAAAAGUUAACCGAAACGUAUUUGAAGUGAGAGCUGUGUAUGGUGACACACUUCUAGGGGGCCGGAACUUUGACGAAGCUUUGUUUGAACAUUUUUACAAAGACUUCUUAGACAUGAAUAACGAUAACUUUGCAGGCAAGAAGUUCAGGCGAAGACUGAGUUGCAUGUGUGCCAAUUUAAAGAAAAAACUGUCAACGAAUGAGGAAUUUACAUUGUUCCUGGAUAGGUACGAUGGGAAUUCAGAUCUCAGUAUAUUUAUGAAAAGGGCAAAGUUCGAGGAGAUCAACGAGUGUAUAUUCCAACGAGCCCUUGACGUGGUGAAGUUGUGUCUAGAAGACUCAGACUUGAAGAAAUCUGAUAUAGACGAAGUUAUUUUGGUGGGAGGGUCAACGAGAAUACCCAAAAUACGGGAAAGUCUGAACGAUUACUUUGGCUCCGAGAAGAUCAAGACGGAUUUGAAUCCGGACGAAGCGGUGGCAGCCGGAGCGAGCAUACACGCUGCCUUCCUCUUAGGCGACUGUCAAAAUUUGGAAAAAUAUAGAGUUACUGAAGUUACACCUAUGUCUCUGGGGGUUAAUGAAACCGGGAAUCUAAUGAACUUCUGUAUACCAAAAAAUUCUCGCUUGCCAAUUGAGGUUUCCAGUAAUUUAGUAACGUCUUUUAAUAAUCAAAGUAUAAUAACAUUUUCAAUUUACGAAGGCGAGAGGAAAAACACAAUUUACAACAAUAAAUUAGGCGAGUUCUCAAUUACGAACAUUCCAAAAAAACGUGCUGGGGACGUUGAGUUUUCCGUACAUUUUCAUCUGGACGAAGAUGGUAUCUUGACUAUAACAGCUAGGGAGAAAUCUACAGGUAGAAACAACAAGUUAGUGGUAACUAUGGGGCAGUUUCGUUUAAGUGAGAGAAAAAUUAAGUUAUCUCUUGAAGAUGCUAGGAAACAUAAAAUUCAGGAUGAUGUUUUUGAAAACUUUGUGCGUUGCAAGCAGAGACUUGACAAGCAGUGCCGUCACGUAUUAUACGAUAUAGAAAAGAUUUCAUCAGAAAGUGACAAGGUUUUUGUGAAAGAACGUUGUGAAGGGUUUUUAAGGGAUGUAAAUACUCUAGACUUUACCGAAAUUGAAAAAUUGGAAGCCAAGUUUGCUGUGUUUAACAAUUCAGUGUCGAACAUAUUAAUGAAAAAUUGCAUGUUGUCCCUAAAUUAUUGAUAAAAUCACGUGUCUGAUAAAUUCUAUGAUAUUUACUCGUAAACAUAUAAUUAAAGAAAAAUGUUAUAAGUUUUAUUUAAUUAUUGAACUAAAUACAUAUACGAAUUCAUACUUUAUAUUAGGUGUAUACGUAAGUGAAAACUAAUUUCGUGUAUUCUACACCACAAUAAUAAAAUGUAUGUAACACUCGUCCUAUUGUGAGUGAUAUAAAUGUACCUCACGAUCGGAUUUUUCUUUUUAAUUUUUUUAGCAUGCAGCAUAGUUUGUUUAUUGUCAGUUAGUGUCUAAUUAAUUAAUAAUAAUAGAAA